CGUGACGACAACGACAAAAUUCCUCCGAUAUACAAAGAGGGCGCUGUUAUUCAAGAUGGAGGUAUUUGUCAAAUGUCAGACUAUGUUGACUAAUCGAUAAAGAAAGUGCAUCAUUUAAUUCUUCUCUGUAUUGAAAGUUGACGAGUAACUGAGAGGAUGGCUUUUGGUGGUAGCUUAUAUGGGAGCUUCACCUCAAAUUGCCUUGAUGAUGUCCCAUUUAAGCUUGGUCCUAAGUUCAAGCCACCAACUAAGGUAGCGUUGCCAUCAGAUUUUAAUAUAUCUUCACAGUCCAGUGCUUUGAAGGAAGAGUAUACAUUUGAAGUAGAGGAAGCUGUGUUAAAAUGGUCAGCAGAGAGAGAGAAACAGUUGGCAGAACAGCGUCGACUAGAACAAGAAAUAGCCCAGUCAGCUAGACAAGCUUCUAGCAGUGAUGAUGAUUCUGAUCAGACUGACAAGGUGCAUGCCAAUGAAGGUCUCUAUAGCAACAAACAAUCUGGUACUGAACCUUUAUAUGAAAACCCAGGUAUUUUGUUACCACAGCCUGCACCACGGCCAAAAGUCAGACCGAAACCUAAAGAUGAAUAUGUUAAUGUUUUAGUUCCAAAUCCACUGAUUGCAAACAUCUCAAAUGAUAUUUUAAAACCUACACUUAGUAGUAGUCCUAGUGAAAAUAAUUCAGAUCUAAAACCAGCAACAAAUAACAUAGAUUUAACCUGGUUUGAGAAAGAGGAUGAUCCGUUUGAUAAUUUAGAACUACAAACUAUCAAUGACAUGGAGGAGUUAGCAAGCGUUCUUAAAGAAACAACAAAAGUUUCACCUGAACCAGUUGAAGUUGUCGAAGUUGAUGGUGAUGUAACCGGCAAUGGUAUAGAUAACCAUGAUGUUGAAGAAGGUUUAAACAAUUAUGAAAAUGUGGAAUUAAAACUGGUUGAUUUAAAAGUUGCGAACAAUGAAGUUGUUUAUGAUAACAUUAAUGGGGCUGGGUUUUCAAUGACAAAUUUACCCCCUGUUCCCCCAAGGCGGGACCUUGUGGGGCGAUCUCCACCUCUACCCCCAAUUAGUCACAUUCGUAGCGACCCAACAGUUUCUGAAAGUGUUUACCAGAAUAUGAAUCAGAAAAAUGGAGAGAGUCAAAACUUUGAUAGUGAAAAUUCUGAUACCUCAUCAUUCCAAAGUGAGGAAAGUGUAACAAAAGUCAUAUCAAAACGUAGAGUAGCCCUACCAAAGCCUCCGCGAACAUUCACGUACAGUAGACAUAAUCUGGAUGAUAGUGAGACUGACUCUAAUGUGGAACCAAACUAUGAGAACACUGAGAUAACUCAACCUAGUGUGUCUAUUGAUAGUGCUGGAGCAAGUAUGAAUGUGCAAUUUACAAACAGUCCUCAAUCACAAGACUUGCAGUGCAAGCCAAAUUCAAGUGAAGGUCUGAACUUUGUUAACCAUCAUUUUGGAGUGAAAGAGACUAAUGGAUGUUUCAGUGGAGAGACAGCCCCUCUACCUGCUCCUAGAAAACCUCCUCCACCUCCAAGACCAACAUCACAGCCAUGGAACCGAUACAGUCCAUUACCACCAACCCCUAGAUCAACGUCAGAUCAACCUAACAGUGUAUCCAUGCCAACUAGAACUAGUCCAGAUACCUAUAGCAAUUUAUCCACUGAGGCUCAGGCUUGCAUUGAUAAACUUGCUGCAAUGGGCUUUGAAAGAGAUAGACUUGCCAGAGCUAUAGAGAAAAUAGGGCAUGAUGAAAAAGAAGUGGUGGAAUAUUUAUGCCUGGUUGAUCAGCUUAUAGAAAAAGGAUACGACACGUUACUGGCAGAAAAUGCACUACUUUUGUUCAAAAACAGUAUGAAACAGGCAUCUGAUUACCUGGAAGUUUUCACACAGAUGUUGGAGCUUGGCUUUAAUGACGACAAGAUCAAAGAAGCAUUAGUAAACACAAACAACGAUAGAGAAAAGGCCCUUGAUAUUCUGACAGCAAGUUCCUAGAAAACUAACGUGUUUGAGUUAAAACAGUGUGUUUAUUUUAAAUUGUGUUCAAAUUACUACUCAUUGAAAUGCUUUCCACAAAAAUCAAAUUCAUGGAUAAUUGAAAUUUUAGUGUUUCAAGGUAUAUUGUUGAAUUAGAAAAUGUUGCAUGGAAGAAUUGAAAUUACUUUUUUUUCUUCUUUUUCUUAGGACUGAUGUAUUUAAAAUUUUAUGGCAUAUGCAAUAUCAAAGUUUGAAGGUCUUUUUUGGUGAAUUACAAUAUAAUGUACUAGUCUUGGUCGCCAUGGAUUUGUUCAUUACAGUUAUAUCUUAUUUUUAAGUUUUUUAUUCUUUAAAGAAAAUAGGAAAACUAAUUAUUAAAUUAAGCCAAAUUUUUAAUGAUAAUAUAUGUUGAACAAAUUUCUUUGUUUGAAUUUUAUGUUGAAACAUUGGUGAGAUUUCUAAAUAUUUAUUAAUCAGUCUGAUUUCUUUAAUCAUUAGCCUACUUGUGGCUUAUGACCAGUGCAGAACCAGCCAGGUGUCACAUCUGUUUCAUUUAAUCAGUGUCUGUACAGUUCGCUUUCUGAGUCAGUGCAUAUUUAGAAGAAAGAAAAAAAUCAAUAAAAAAAUUAUGAAUGGCUUUGUCCAGACUAUAAAAUUUACAAGUCCAUUUGAUUUUUUUGGAGUGGUUAAUGGUUAAAAAAUAAUGAUGAUAUUAGUGAACUAUAUCCAGUCCAAAGGGAUAUGUCUUAUUCUAAGUGCGGUUCAAUAUAAGAGACAUUGUUAUCUUUCUUAAAGGAACUCCACUGAGGUCCAAAAGUCUAAAACCAUAAAACUAUUAGAAUUUUGUACAUGGAUCAGCUUGGGCAUUAAACAACAGAAAGAUGUACAAAAGAUAAUUAAGAAAUACUAAAAAAUAAUUGAAAAUUAUAUUUUUGCGCUAUUCUUAGUCCGAUUUGCAAUGCUUUUCAAUCUUUGGUCAUUUUUCAUGACAAGAAUAAUUAUUCCUGUAAAAUAAGUUGAGCAAAUGAUCUGAAGUUUACCACAAAAUUAUUGGUCUAGACUUACAUCAGAUGGUACAUUUAUCUCGAAAAAAUAUUUCCAGUCUCAUUAUGUCAAAAAACCUUAGUGGAGUCCCUUUAAUUCAACAUCUGAUGUCAUAAUUGUUUGUUAUAUAAUGGACAUGUUUAAUUUUUUUUCUUAAAGUAUUGGUUUUUAUGUAAAAAAAAAAAAUUACUGUGAUUUCCAUAAAAGUCUCAUAAUUAUAAUAGUAAAAGGAGAUACAUGUAAUUCUCUUCCAUCUAAUAUCAAAUAUCCAAUAUGUACUAGAUAUCUUUUUGUUUCUAUACCUUAUAGUUUUUAAAUUAUUUUUUUACAAAAUACAUACAUUACAGUAUUUUUGUUAUACUAAACCUCAAUGAGUUUGUAUUAAUUCAGCUAACAGUCUUACUUGACAUAUCAAGUAUUUAUUUGAAAGUAGCAAGUCGACAUUUCUCUGCUUCUCGUCAUUCCACCACUAAUGUUAUCUUUGUCAAGAAUGAUGCAUGAUAAUUAUGCAAAAUUUUCAUUUUCAUUAAUCGAUGCAGUAGCAUAUGAUAACUGUUUCUGAAUUUUUUUAAAUAACCGAAUUGAUUAUUAUUUGUUGUUUUGUUUUUUUAUUAUAACUUGUUGUUUUUAUGACAGUAUCCUGUACCUAAUCAGUGUAUAAUCUUUUAAGAGUUUUGUUUCUACAAAAGAGUUAAAUUAUAUUAAUAUUAAUUGUUCACAUUUUAAAAAUCUAAUUUGUUUGUUGUAUUAUUACAUAAUGUACUAUAAAUGCUAAUGGAGUCCAAGUCCCCAGUGAAACCCAGGCUUUUUCUACUGUAACUAACAUUUCAAAUUGAUAAUACAGGGGCACCUGGAGUCUUCCUCCACCAAUAAAAGCUGGGAAAAAAACGACGAAAAAAUCUUGGCAAGACACUCUAGGAUGACCCGACUUGAGUGUACGGUCGCCCAUAUGGGCUUUCCGGCGGCGACCUUAAAUAAACGCAUUAAAAAAAGAAAAGCAACAGCAUUCUAGACGACUUAACUAAAGAAAUGAUUCUCUAACACAGUUGUCAGAUUUUGAAAUUAUCGUUAAUUUAAGAAAUAGUGCAUUGAUACAUAACACUGCACAUCCAUGCUGUUUUAGCCAAUUUGGUGGCAUAAAUAUAACAUUUUAAUAUAAAAAAAAAGUUUUUGACAUAUUUAACAGUAUUUAAGAUAUUUUAUUAUUAUCUGUCAAAGGGCUAAUGUAUUUUAGUACACUGAUAUUUGAUAUGAUAAUUGUUAAAGAUGAUUCUAUAUCUCUCAAUGGAUUAUUGUAUUAUAACUGUGUUAUGUUGAUGAUUUUUUCAUUACCUUACUUCAAGACAAUGGAAUGUAAUCGUUCUUUUUGUUCAUAUUAAUUUCUUGUUAAUGUGAAUCUUUAAUUUCGAAGUAAGACAUGUUAAUGAAUUGUGUUAAUAAUCUUUGGGUACAAGUAAAUAUAGACAAGUAUUGUGAGAUUGUAAGAAAUUAUAGAAUAUUUGUCAUCUCUGACAGACAAGACUUUGUGAACUUCUACAUAUUUCUCCGAAUUGUUCACAGUUUACUAUGAACUUCUCUAGAUAUUUCUCCGAAUUGUUCACAGUUUACUAUGAACUUCUAGAUAUUUCUCCGUAUUGUUCACAGUUUACUAUUAAGGGGACUUCAGUGAGUUUUUGUUUUUAACAUUACAGGACUAGAAAUAAUUUUUCACUAUUUAUGUUCCAUUGCAUGAAGGUCAAGACCAAUAACUUGUAUGCAAAAUUUCAGAUCAUUCCCUCACUCUGUUUUUGAAAAUGACCCUUUGCAACAAUUUUCACUCAAAUCUGGUGAAGAAUAGAAAAAAAAAUGAUAUGUUUUUCUAUUAAUUUCUAAGUAAAUUUCUCAAUUACUUUUUGCCUAUCUUUCUAUUUUAAGUGUACCAGCUGAUGUAGGUAAGAAAUUCAAAUGUUAGGCUUUUGGACCUCAGUGGAGUUCCUUUAAAAACCUGCUUUGAGUUUUAUUACACUGUAUGAAAACAGAUCAAACAGUGAAGUUGUGUAAUUAAUUACUGGUGCUUAUAGUGUAAAUGUUAAUACCUUUGUUUAUUUGUAUAAUAGUAUUUUUUUGUGUACAAAUUACUUUGUCUUUCAGUUUACUGUUUGUGAUUAUAUACACAUAAUGAUCUUUCUUUCUUUUCAAAGACUGCUGUUAUUUUUCGGUCAACAGACCUGCAAAUUUGUGCACAAUAAGCCUUUUCUCUGUUGGUAACAUCGGGUAGAAAAAUAUUGAUAAAAGAACAAUGUAAUAAAUUUUGUUAUAUUGUGCAUAAAACAUGCAGCGUCUUUUGCAAUGUAAUUAUUUAUAGAUUUCUAAAACUGUUUUUAUGAAUUCAGUUCAGGGUUUCUAAGCAAGUCAUGUACACAAGGUUAGCUGGGAAAUUGUUAGAGACAAUUUUGUUCAUAAAUAACUUACCUUCUUUUGUA